AUGCAAUUCGCAAUAAUAGCAGCUUUUUUCGCUACCAUUCAGUUAAUUGCUGGAUCAGCUUUGACGUUUACUUUAGGAGCACAAGAAAAGGCGUGUUUCUAUGUGUUCACUGAAAAGCCUAGAACUCCAAUUAGUUAUUACUUUGCCGUGCAAAGUGGCGGAUCAUUCGACGUUGACUACACUAUCAAGAACCCAAGAGGUGAAAUCAUUCACAGUGAUGAAAAGCAAAGACAAGGGGAUUUUGCUAUCAACGCGGACAUUGUUGGAGAAUACGAAUUCUGCUUCGCUAAUGGCAUGUCCACAUUUGCUGAAAAAGUUGUUGACUUUGAAAUUCAAUUCAAGGAUGAAAACACUGAAUAUAGAGCUGACAUGCCAGAUCAACCAAAUGCCAAGCCACUUGCUCAUGUCGAAAGCAUGCAAACAACUGUUGACAACAUCGACCAACAAUUGGACGGUCUUUUAAGAACUUUGCAAUACUACAAGACUAGAAAUAACAGAAACCAAGCUACUGUUAAAUCUACUGAAUCAAGAAUCUAUUACUUCUCUAUAUUCGAAGUAUUAUUAAUGGUAGGAAUGGCCUUCUUGCAAAUCACUGUUGUUCAAUUGUUUUUCAAGGGUUCUAGAAAACAAUUGGUCUAA